AUGCUAGUGAAGAAGCUAGUGACCCACAAUCAUGUUAAGCCAUAUUCUACCCCUCUUGGGCAUUAUGGCCACCGCUUUGGGGGACAGAGGACUAGUGAAGGACUUCAACCAGCUGGUGGGAGUUCUCAACCAGUUAACAGGGUGUCUCAGCCUGCUGGUAGAGGUGGUGGUGGUGGUGGUGCUCCUACUAUUGUUUCUACACCACUCAGGUGUGGGAAGUGUGGUCAACUUGGGCAUAUUGCUCGUGAGUGGACAAAUAGAGAGGUGACUUGCUUUAACUGCCAAGGUAAGGUCCACCUCAGUACCAGUUGCCCACAUCUGAGGAAGGAGAAGAGGAGUGGAAGUUUGAAUAACCAGAGUGGACGACUGAGGACCACAGGGAGAGUGUUUGCUCUUAGUGGUGCUGAUGCCGCAUAG